ACCCAUUUAACGUGCGCUUGCCUUUCCCGUACAAAACCGACUUACUGGCUUGCCCUUGUUUUCUCUCAAACACAGCGGCCGCACAAACCGCUGCAUAAAGAGGUGCCGAACUGAACUGUUAAAGGGAAAAUUGAAGAUUAAAAACUCAUUCGAAAGUCGAUGGGGGUCAAGGCGAGGAAAGCGUUGAAGAAAACAGGAAAGAAGGCUUGUUCUCACUUUGCUCUUUCUGAUUCUAAAACCUCAUCUGCUGAUUUUCUGCCCUUGGAAGGCGGUCCAUCGCGUGAGCUUCCAGAAAACAAACCCCAGCAAAACAAGGCUACCGUCUUGUAUAUUGGUCGAAUCCCACAUGGCUUUUAUGAGAAAGAGAUGGAAGCUUAUUUUCAACAGUUUGGCAAUAUUAAGAGAUUAAGGAUUGCUCGGAAUAAAAAGACAGGAAAAUCAAAGCACUUUGGUUUCAUAGAAUUUGAGAAUCCUCAGGUGGCGGAAGUUGUAGCUGAUUGUAUGCAUAAUUAUCUGUUGUUUGAGCAUCUUUUGCAAGUCCAUCUUAUUCCUCCAGAGCAUGUUCAUCCAAAAUUGUGGAGAGGUUUUAAUUAUAAAUACAAGCCUGUGGAUUAUGUGCAAAUUGAACGGAAGCGGCAGAAUAAGGUGAGAACGUUGGAAGAGCACAAAAAGUUGGUGGAGAAGAUCCUAAAACGAGAUCAGAAGCGUCGAAAGAUGAUAGAGGCUGCAGGCAUCGAUUAUGAAUGCCCUGAAAUUGUUGGUAGCAUUCAGCCUGCGCCAAAGAAGAUAAAGUUUGAUGAAGAUUAGGCACCGCAACAUAGUUAUGCUCUCAGCUGUUUCUUUGGUCUUUUAUUUUAGCCAUUUGUUUCUCUUUGGAAUUUGAUUUAGUAAAGUAUCUGAUUGUUAAAUUUCAUAAAAAAACAGCCUUUAUACCAAUGUUGAACUAUGGAGUUAAUGGCUUCCACAAACGUCUCCUGAAAAGAUCAAAGUUUUGAAAUUUAUUGUUAAUUUUAGCUGUU